UGUCGACAAAUUCAACAUUGAAACGCAUGUCGCAACCAUCACAAUACAUAUGUACUCGUAAGCGCAAAUCACAAUGGUAACCCCAUCUGCUCCUCCGAUCCUGGACUUCUCCCCAUUUUACAAUGAUGACAGCGAAGCGAAAGCCAAAUUGGUAGAGGAGGUGCACAAGUGCUGCCUGUACAAUGGCUUCUUCCAGAUUACUGGCCAUCGCGUGCCGCUGGACUUGCAACGACGCGUCAUGAAAUGCGCCAAGCGCUUCUUCGAUCUGCCAUUGGAAGAGAAGAUAAAAAUUGACAAAAAUCUUAACACCUUCAACCGCGGCUACGAGCUUCUCCGAUCACAAAUGCUGGAAGCGGGCACAGGCCCCGAACUCAAAGAAGGACUCUACGUUGGCGAGGAGAUUCCCGAGGAUCACCCGUACUUUAUACAGAAGAAGCUGAAUAGUGGUCCCAAUCAAUGGCCUCAGACUAUCCCCGACAAGGAAGAAUUCCAAAAGACAACGAUGGAAUAUUAUCAUGCGGUAUUCAAGCUGGCGAAGGACGUGCUGGGUGUGGUUGCUUUAACACUCGGUGUUGACUCGACCUUCUUCGAGCCUCUCACCGAGGGGGCUGUUGCCACCAUGCGUUACCUGCACUAUCCUGCGCAGCCGAAGAACGAAGAUGAGAAGCUAAAUCGUGGAAUUGGAGCGCAUACGGAUUUUGGAUGUGUCACUCUUCUCCUUCAAGAUGAAGUUGAUGGCUUGCAGGUCUUGGACAUGCCCACUGGGCAAUGGCUUGAUGUCAAGCCCGUCGAGGGGGCCUAUGUAGUAAAUCUGGGAGACCUGUUUAUGCGAAUGGCCAACGAUAAAUACAAGUCUAACACUCACCGCGUUAUCAACAAGUCGGGCCGCGAGAGAUAUUCGAUUCCUUUCUUCUUUAGUGGAAACCCGGACUACCUUUGUGAAUGCCUGCCGAAUUGUUGCGAGCCGGGCGAGCCAGCAAAAUACCCUCCCAUCACCGUCCAAGAUAGGGUGACAGAAGCAUACAAGGAAAGGUACGGCCGGGCGGAGAAAUACAAAAAGGAGAUGGAGAUGAAGAGGCUGGCUUCAACUCCAGCUGUACCUACUGUUGGAGCUUAGGCUUCGCGUUAUAGCUAAAUUGGAACGAUCCUAUGUAUUUUGCAACUGUUUACAUAUCUCAAAGUCAGAUUGCCC